AUGCAGGCAGCCGAUACCACAGAAAAAACUCUCGGCCCAAGCACGACUCAUCCCAACGCCGAGGACACGCAAGCAUCUGGGGAAGUCGACCCAAGAUUGGCACAGCCAAAGGAUAGCCUCGAGAAUAAAUCAGCGCAUACUGCUACGAACGAUCAAGCCCAUGCCGACGAGCCUCAAAACAAAACGGACGCCAAACAACCAGACGACGAAAAGAACCCCACAGAAGUCAUCGCAAGCGAAGAGAAAGAUGUCGAUCCCGAUCCCGAAGACGAGUCCAAAUACCUCAGCGGUUUCAAACUCGCCAUCCUCUCCUCUCGAUGA